AUGUUUGUAACACAACCAGUAGAACCAUUUUUGAAGAAGUUGUUAUCAUCAUUGGAUUUACAAUACAGAACCCCAACAAACCAAUACCCUAAUGUCGAAGCGUACGCAACGCAAUUUGCAAAGCAAUUAAAACCGGCCUGCGCAAUCAUUGUUAAUGGCAAACCAUUAAUUCCAACAAACAAUAAUGCCAAAUUGGAAUUCCAGAAGAAAUGGCUAGCAGUACCAAUAACAUCACACCAGUUGAACAGCUAUGACUGUCAUUUGAUACCUGGAACUGGCACUUACGUGAUAAAUUUAGGUGGAAAAUUGAGAUUUGAUGAGAGUGGGAAGAAUAGGCUUGGAGAAUCGGCUGAUUUAAUCGGUCAGAAUACAGCAAAAACGUCUAGACCUAUAUGGGGUUCUUGGUUUGGUUUUAAUUUGAACUUGGUCGUUGACGAGUCAUUAGUCGCAAAUAAUGAUGCGGAGGUGAUAAAUAGCUUCAACUACAGAAUUACAUAUAAACCGGGUGAUAGUGUCAUUCAAAUUUUAUGA